AUGGCCAUCCCGAGGUUAGCUGAAGGAAAAGAAGCAGUCCAUUCCGCUCGGUCUCACCGUCGCCACGUAAGUCGAGCGUGCGAAUCUUGUAGGCAGAGAAAGACAAAAUGCACGGGAGACAGGUCAGGCUGCCGCAACUGCCGGGAUGCCGGGAUGAUCUGUUGCUACACUGACGGAAAAAGAGAGAAGUCUAAAAGACAAAUGGCCGGCUUGGAAACUAAGAUCAAUGCCUACAAAGACAUUUUGCAAAGAUUAAGCAUUCGUUAUCGCAUGACUGAAGACCAGCUGAUCGGACUCGCUCUGGCAGUGGAAGACCCGUCCGAUUGCGCCUCCUCCCAUGACGAUUCUGCGACUCCGAACACCGAGGCCCGGAGGCAGUUGUCGGUAUCCGAAGCCAUUACACCUUUGUUUUCAGGGUUUGAGAACAACCUAGAUCGCAUAGAGGAGGAUUUAAAUCGGGACGAGGCUUCGCAAGCGACUGGUUUUGUCGGCCAGAGCUCAGAGAUCUCUUGGCUACAGACUCUGGCCAGAGAACUGGAACUUGGCUAUGAUCAUGGAUACUUCAGUGGGAAGGGACCAUCCCCAGCAAUAGCAGCAGCCCACCACAAUCGCUGCAUCUCAUUUCCGAACUACCAUUUAGACGCCAUGGAGAUCCCUAUAUAUGACAACGUGGAUCCAUAUUCCUGCCCCGCCAAGGAUGUUGCAACGAAGCUUUACAAGACAUACCUUGAUUGGGUUCACCCCUCGUUUCCGAUUAUCGGUACUACCCCUUUUGGGACACAAUUCCAGGCUUUCUUCACAAACUCAUCCUUACGCCCUGGGUCCCUACGCCCUGGGAAUCGCUGGCUAGCAAUACUCAACCUGAUCUUCGCCCUUGCUACUAAGUACGCGCAUUUAUCCGAGGCUGAAUGGCAAAUGGAUAAGGACGCUCAUCUUGUGUACUUUCUCAAGGCCAAAGCUUUGGGUCUAGAUCAUCAGCUACUGACUUUCCCUGAUCUACAGCAGCUGCAGGUUGAAGGACUAACUGCUUUGUAUAUGCUGACGCUAGGCCAUGUGAACCGCGCUUGGGCAUUUUGUGGAAGCGCGAUCCGCGGGUCUCUAGGCCUUGGGUUGCAUCUACGCCAUCUUGGAGACAGCACAUCCAAUACUUCAAGAGAAAUCAGAUGCCGUGUAUGGUGGGCUCUAUAUACGCUUGAUCUUCGGCUCAGUGUGAUGACUGGGAGACCCUCUUUUAUCCCCGACAGCCUGUGUACGACACCUCUGCCCCUUCCAUUCGAUGAGCAAGACUUUGGGAGGGAAGAUGUGAUGCGGCAGCUUAGGCGCUCGAUUGACGGUAGCCCCUGUCCGACGGAAGUGCUGUCAACGGACCAGUCGGAUUUGAAUGCAAUGAGCACGGUGGCCGAAAAGCUGGAUUCAGAAGAGGAUAGAUUCUCACCCUGCGGGUCCUUGUACUUUGUUCAUUUGGUGCAACUAACCAUGAUUGCAAAAGAAUCCCUAACCAAGAUCUACACCCCGAGCACAGUUCGAUCUCCUUGGCAAAGCAUUGAGUUCGCCAUACACAGCCUCACACAUAAACUUGACACAUGGCUAAACAAUCUCCCCAACGAGUACGAUUUCACCCGCACCCAGUCAUCGCAUGUAUCGCUGGAAACGUCAAAUCAGAGGCUUAGUCUGGCUCUAUUGUUUUACAGCACCAGAAUGGGCAUCACACGACCAUGUCUUCGUCGUGUAGAGUCCUUUAGCGAAGGGGACAAGAUGCAAGAGUUCAGUCAGGAAAUUGCUGCGGAGUGCGUUGAAUCAGCUUGUCACAUGUUAAGACUGUUCCCAGAAGAGCUGAAAGCUGCAACGCUAUAUACAGCGUCACCUUGGUGGUGCUUAUUGCAUUACUUGAUGCAAGCAACGGCGGUACUCGCUCUUGAGCUCGCCUUUCAAGCUCAGCAUGUACCGGAUAAAGCGCCGAUGGUUUCGAAAGCUCUUAAUAAAGCGUAUGAGUGGCUGUCUUUGAUGUCAAGGACACAAAAGACUCCGGAAAGAGCCCGCAGACUCUGUGAUCGGCUUUUGCGCCAACUCAAACAACGGGAGGACAUCAAAGUCUCUGAGUCUCCUUCUGUCCAGUUGACCAGUCUCGAGUCGCCUGCAGAUACACCCCCCAUCUCACAUCCGAUUAGAACAACAAGAGAAAGCUCGGCGGACUCAGACAGUCCACCUCUUGGGACGAAAUUGGACUAUCAGCAAUCACCGGCCUUAUUGACCGGCGAUAUUCAUUACCCGUCCCCACACCUCCUGGGAGCGGCAGACGACCUUCCAAUUCAAAGUGAGAGCACAUUGGAAAUUCCGAGCAAUUACGAUGAGUUCUUUCCUUACGACACAAGUACUGGUCAGCUCACGGGCUCCUUCUUCCCUACAGAGUAUGGAAUGGAUGUGGAACCGAGUAAUCUCUACCACUUUUGA